GAGAGAGAGAGAAAUUAAUUACAAUUAACUGUUGUUUACAACAGUUUUUCCAAUCGUCUCUCAGUUGCCAUUAUGAAGUUGAUCAAAAUCUUUGGUCAAUCCGAUUAAUGUAACAAAUCGGAUCUAAUUUCUUAGUUUAAUUCAUUAUUUAAGUUUGUGUCUGUGUAUGUGAUUAACUUAAUCAUCAGUGUAGAAAAAGAAUAAUCAAUUUUCUAAUUGUUCUAGUUACCAAUUGAUUGGAGAGAAAAUCAGAAUUGAGUAAAAAUUUUCUAUUCCAAAUAAAGUGAAUCUCAUUUUCGUUUGAUAAUAAUGUCAACUCUUGAUGUUUCUCCAGAAUUGGAUGCGACCUCAAUUCCGUCUCCAUCUCCAAUAUCAUCAGGAUCAUCUUUCUAUAUAAUUCUGAUACGAAUUAUUUUAACAUGUUUACUAUGUUUCAUUGGUUAUUAUUAUUUGUACAAAAAAGCACAAUCAAUGAGAAGACGAAAUCAAAUGAUUGAUAAAUUACCUGGACCCAAAUCGUUCAAUCCCUUGAUGGGUAACCUGCCAAUAGAAAUAUUGAAAUACAUCGGAGCGGAUUACGAAGCCUCGAAGGAUUUAUACUACAUGCUGUUAAAUGCUGUUCGUGGUUAUACACAAAUCUAUGAUUCCGAUAGGAUAUUUCGUCUUUGGUUGGGUUGGGAACCUGUUGUUAUCCUUUGGAAGCCCGAAAACGUUGAAACUAUUUUAUCAAAUAAUUUUCUAUUAGAUAAAUCAUCUCAAUAUGAUUUACUUCAUCCCUGGUUGGGCACUGGUUUAUUAACCUCCACAGGUAACAAGUGGAGAUCACGGAGGAAACUGUUGGUUCCCGCUUUUCAUUUUAAAAUUUUACAUGAUUUCGUUCCCGUUUUCAAUGAGCAGGGCAACGUAAUGGUUGACCGAUUAAGGGAAAUCGCCCGAUCCGGUCAACCAAUCGACAUUGUCCCUGUUGUUACUGCCUGUACUUUGGACAUUAUUUGUGAAACAAUCAUGGGAGUAUCAAUUGGAGCUCAAAAUAAUCCCAACAAUAGUUAUUGUCGAGCAGUUUAUGAGGUUGGUGAGUGUUUCCUUGAACGUCUAAUGCAACCCAGUUAUUGGCCUGAUGCAAUUUACUACCGAUUAGAAAGAGGCAAAGAGUUUCGUCGGAAAGUUCAACAUUUACACGAUUUUACCAUGAAAGUUAUUCGAGAUCGUAAAGAUGAAAUGAUGAAUAAACAAGUUCGAAGACCAUCAACAAUUAGUUUAUCAACGGGUUCCGGUGAACCGAUUUCCCUCACAAUGCCUGCAUCAAGUGAACGGCGUUUGGCUUUCAUGGAUUUACUGUUGAAACAUCACAUUAAUGGCGGUGAACUUUCAGAAGAGGACAUUAGAGAGGAAGUUGACACUUUCAUGUUUGAAGGACAUGAUACAACGGCCAUGGCGAUGUCUUGGAUAAUUUAUCUUCUUGGACACAACAUGGAAGUCCAAGAUCGCCUUGCACUCGAAGUCGACUCAUUGUUUGACGAUUUAAACUCUGAAAUUAAAGCCGACGGUUCAAACGGGUCAACAACCGAGAUCACUUUGGACGCUAUUAAACAGCUCAAGUAUCUUGACUGUGUAGUUAAAGAGGGUCUUCGUCUUUGUCCCUCUGUACCUUUGAUCGGUCGAUCGGCUACCGAGGAUAUGACCAUUUCCGGCCACACUGUGCCCGCUGGAACUGUUAUCUAUUGUUUCAUCUAUCAACUUCAUCGAGAUCCUGAAAUUUUCCCUGACCCUGAAGUCUUUAAUCCCGAUCGAUUUUUACCCGAAAACUCUGGGGGUCGUCAUCCAUUUGCUUACGUACCUUUUUCAGCUGGACCUCGAAAUUGUAUCGGUCAAAAGUUCGCCCUUGCCGAACUUAAAAUUGUCCUUGCUCGACUUAUUCGUCAUUAUCGAUUCGUUUCCCUCGAUCAACCUGACAAAGUACUUUUCACCAUGGAAAUGGUUCUUAGACCCAAGGUACCGAUUAAGGUCAAAGUUUACGAACGAGUUUUCAAUCGGACACCAUUUAGUUCACUUAAUAUGGUCCAGUAAUUAAUUUAAUUUCCUAAUUGUAAGCAAAUUACUUGAUCCAUUUAGUGUUGAGUGUUUACAUCUAUUAAUACAUAAAUUGUUUUCCUUUUUCAUAAUCAAGGAGAAAUUAACUCAA